AUGGCUGAUGACUACCAGUACUUCCGCUCCAGAGGAGAACUGGUCCGCGUCAAGCUUACCUCUCACCCCUCCACCGCAUCUGCUCGCUACGUCUUCUGGGGCGACCUGCGCAUGUGCUUCCCUGGCAUUGUUCGCAUCCAGCACAGCGACAUCUAUGUCCCCUUUAUGCGUGGACGCAAAGAGUACCGGUUGAAGCCGUUGCGGAUACAGCAUAUCCCGGACGUAUUGGAUGUUAUCUACGAGGACCACCUUCCGGCUCCCAACAGUCGCCUUAUCAUGUCGUCGUCUUCGUCCUCGUCGUUAUCGUCGACCACCAGUGCAGAAAGACAGCUACUUCCACCUAUUACAUCAGCCCAACCGUCUGCCAGUGCUUCUCCUCUUUUUCUUCCUCGUCCUACGCCGCUUACUUUGACGAAAACUGUCCCUACCCCACUUACCGAGGCCAAAAUUCCGGUGAUAUCAACGGAGCAGGAGACCACCAAGGAACAGGACGACAUAUCUGCUACAGAGACCACGACUACAGUGAGACAUACAAAAGAUACUGAGGAACUCGUUCACGGCAUGUCGAAAGAACUUCUGGAGGAGCUUGUGGAGAAACAAAAGGCGGCUCUGGAGGAGGCAGCAGCAAAGCAGCGUGCAGACGAGGACUUGCAGAGACAUUUGUUGUUGACCCAACAUCGGAGAGGACGUGUCACGCAGCAACAGAUGCAGCAGCAGCAGGAGACGAAACCGGCGGGGUCGUCGAGUGUACCAGAGAAGCAGCCACAGCAGCAACCGCAGCAGCAGCAGGAGGGGCAACAGCUCAUCGAGCAGGAACGGCAACAGCUCGCCGAGCAGGAACAGAAGCAAGUCGAAAUCGAGAAGGAACGAAAACAAGCCGAAAUCGAGAAGGAGAUCCAGGUCGCCCGUCAAACCAUGAAGCCGGCCGAGUUACAGGCACUGGAGCAGGCGCUGGAGCAGGGCAAGAACCCACAUGAUCUGAUCCAGGACAAAAUCCGUGAGCUCAUGCAGAGGAUCCAGAUCCCGGCCCAGAAACCAGGACAACAAAAGGUUCAGAAGAAGGUUGCCAAACCCGUCCAGAAGCCGACGCCCAAGCAGGUUCCUGGACGACUUCGUGAUCUCGUUCAUAUCCAGGUCCCGGAGCACAUGGAUGGCGUUGAUGUCGAUAAUCUUACCAUUGAGGAGUUUAUCAAGCUGUCCAACCAAUCAUCGACCAAGCAGCAGCAACAGCAACAACCACAGCAGCAGCAGGGAACACCCAACCAGAACGCCAACAGCGUAUUAGCCAGCAGACCUGCAGGAACUCCAAAGGGUCCGGGCAUUCGUGCAUCAGAUUUCGAUCUCUCCGUCGACAUCUUCAUCGAGGGAUCAGCCAACGACCCAUUGAGCGGCAAGGACGCAAGCAAGCUGGUCGAAAUCCCUGCAGAUCAUUCGAUCUUCAAGCUCAUCAAGGCAGCUGCAGCAUCCUCGGGACCUCUGACUGGCACUGCCCUGACAGCCAACAACGAAGGAGAGUCGUCAACUCUUGGAGCGAUGAACACAGCACUGGAGCAGGCAUUGUCACAGGCUAUCCUUGGCACAGUCAAAGAUCCGAAAACUGCUGCCGCCCAACAACCUUCUGCCAAGGGACUGUCAGCCACCGCCACCACCAAACCUAACCCCGUAGUCGACUCGACCGAAGCCGACACUAAACAGGAGACAUCAUCAACAGCCCUUGUACCCGCCAGCUACGUCAGCGAUGGAACGGGAUCCCUGAACGGAACUCAUGUGGCGACCUUGGAGCAGACCCAAGCUAUCCGGGAAGAAACUGAGGAGGAGAAACUGGCGCGGGAGGCUGCGUUGAUCAACUAUGAGCUCGCCCGAGAAGGACUCGUCGCAACCGCUCGUCUCUUCGAGGCAUUCAUCCAGGCCUCUGCCAAGGGACAUCUUUCCGUGGCCGACAAGAUUGGGCUCGAGUUGAAUCGCCAACUGAGGGAACUGGAGGCCAAGCUGGGCCACAACUCGCUCUUGCGUCCAGAAUUUGCACAUCUCUGCAACGCCCUUUCAGAUACCCAGCGCUCACUCGCCUUGAUUCGGGAGCCUCUUAUCCAUAACAGGAUUCAGGCCGUACUUGCCAACAGGAUGGGCGUUUUCGACCAGCAGGUUCCUAGGAUCUUCAUCAUUUUGCCCAAGCCAGGAUGUCCAGGAGAGUUCCGAGUUCACUUUCUGUGCGAGUGCGGCGAGUACGAUGGAUCUCCCAAGAAGGGCAAGGUGCCCAAGCAUAUUCACCUCACGGACCACCCUGGUUACGACAUUCAGCACAAGCGACAGUUCAUGGAGACAUACGGAACAUACAUGCUGGACUUUUUGAACCUGUUCAAGUAUGGCGUCGGACUGGAUGUGAUGAUGAUGCCACCCCUGGAUCCUUCGAGCAAGCUGCUGGCGCGGAUUCACGAGUCGAUGGAGUAUCUGCUGGAAGUACCUUCAUCGGUUGAGCCUCACAACAAUGCCUGGCUCAGGGAUGUGGCGCACUGCUUGCAGGUGAACCCGCGGGAGUCGUGCGUUGGAUCGCUCUAUAGAGUGGUUUCGCAGGAAGGCGAUACGAGGUGGAUAUGUCGUGACCAUUACGAUCACCUGCAGCUCAACAGCCUGAAUGACAAAUUUGUCGACAUUGCCAAGGGCUUCGAGGUCACAUACUCGGAUCCCCAUCACUCUUUGUUCCACUAUCUGCUUCCGGACAGGACUCAGGCAGAGCAGCUCUACAUGGAACUGGAGCAGGACCCACCCAUCCAAGAUCUUGGACUGUUACUGGACUGGACGAUCACCCCGAUGGACCUCGGCCGAGUUCUGGAGGUGCUGAAGAGACUCACGACCCCUGUCAUCCGCCUCUAUCUCCAACGACCAGAGAGACCUGACGACAGCUUGAAGGCCGGCAAGGAUGCAUUGUAUGCGCACAUGUUGGGCAACAUGACAGUCCAGGUUUUCCUGAUGGGCGAAAUCGCCGUCAACUUCAAGCGGUCGGAGCCUCGAGCGCGACUGAUGCGUGUCCGUCGGGAAAUGGAGCUAAAGCACGGCACGCGCGACAUGUUUACGACACUCACGAUUGCCCGGGAUUCUCAGCAACGGACCAACAUCACUCUUAUCUACCACAGCAUUGAGCGAGGACUUGAGCUGGUCAAGAAGCACAUGGGCGUCAACUUUCCUCUGUUAAUCAAGCUGGAUGUCGACACUGGAGACAGGGAGUUGGCCAAGAUUACGUUCAAGAACGGCGACACUGUCCAGCUUCAUCUACGAGCCCUCACGCCAACCAGCAACUACUUGCUUCUCUCGAGCCUCAUCCGUAGCUUGAAUGUCUCGAUCUGGGAGGAGCAUCAUGUUCCAGAGCUGGAGAAGAUUAUCAAGAGGAAUCAGGGCAUGGACUCGCUCGAUAUCCUGGGACCCCGACGGAUCAUGAUUUCGGCCUAUAACAUGAUCAAGACGCAGUUUGCGUCGCACCCGGGCCUGAACAAGGUCACGAUGAAGUUUGACGGGAUCACUCUCAGUUUCAGCGUUGACCCAAGUGGGGAUCCAGUCCUUGAGCUGCAGACGUUUGUCGCUACGGGUCUUGAUGACAUUGUCAGCGCCACUGCCGCGGAUCUCAAUGUCUUCUUUGCUCAGCCAAGCGACGCCCAGGCAAGGAUGAUUGAGGAGGCGACUGGCUCUGAGAACGUCGCGCUUGAGCCCAUUACCGAGGCGACGAACGGGACGAUUUCAGAAACCAAUGGCAUCAGCAGUGGCAAAUCGGAGUUCGCCGUCGUCACCACCACCGCCGCCGCUGCAGUAGCUGCCACCGUGUCCCGGCUGACGAUGCUGAACUUGGACUUGUCGGACUUGACCAGACCUGGUCUCGAGUCCUUUUCCCGGGUUAUCAACAACUCGCCUGAUCUGGAGAAGCUGGACCUUCGGAUCUACUGCAGCAAUGACUCCAAGAUGGAUUGGGAAGCGUUUGGGUUGUUUAUGGGUCGGGUCAGUCGGAAGAUCACUGGUCUACUGAUCAAAGGUCCACAGUUCAACUCGCUGCUGGAACAGCUUGUUCUCAGGGUCCCUUCCCCGGCGACUAUGUUGACUUCCUUGGUUGUAUUUGAGAUCCGAGGCGCAGGAGAGUUGCAAGCCCAGGAUCAGGGCCAAUCUACGGCCGGUGAAAAGCCGCAGCAGGAGCAACAGCAGGCGGUUCAAUGGACGGCAGUGGAACAAGGAUAUUUUGACUGGAUCAAUGGUGUUGAGAGACUCCCUGGGUUGACCCAUUUGAGUUUCCGUCAGGUCUGGAUCGAUGCUUCUGGAUGGGAGGCUAUUAUGAACGCGAUGAACUUUUUCUCUUUGAUUCGGGUGGAUAUCCAGGACGCCAAUUUCGGUACCGCACAGAUGGAUCGUUUGGCGAGCUUGAUGGGUCCUGACAGCCUCAAGAACGACAAACAGAAAGACAACACAGGCCGUGGCGAGGAGGCUUCUGUUGCUGUUGCUGUUGGCGGCAAGGACAAGGACGGUGGCGGCGGCGGUGAUGGUAUGAAGAAGGAAGAAGCAAUGUCAUUGUUCUCGAUCGAGCUUUUGUGUGUGUUCCUGUGUGAGGCGCCUGACAAUGAUAUGCUGCAGCGGUGGGACUAUUUGCUCAAGUUCCGAACCAACCAGCUGCUGUACCAGUGCGAGAUGGAUCCGCCCAUUGCCCAGCGCACCCAGACUGAUUAG